GUAUCACAUGUCAGCGCAGGGCCCUGCAGCUCCGCGGCUGCAGUAGGGAAGUGAACGCACUUCCUUCUUUCUCGCGCACUGCUUGAACCCGGACCACUUCUUGAGACGUGUCAAACUGCUGGAUAUGGGGGUCCAGGGGCUGCACUGGGACACUUUUAAGUGACUAAUAGUUGUUCUUUUGCUUAGAGACUGACGGCGAAUGUCACUGGGAUUACUGCGCACUGAACAGAAGUGAUCGGAGCUCCAGCCACAAUGGCUGCGACGUAACUUUACUUUUUCUUCUUUGGAUGAAAAUCGGCGUGUCGCCAAGUUUUUACGUUUAAAGGAGCCUGAAGAGAAACAGCCAUGAAGAAACAGUUCAAUCGCAUGAGGCAACUCGCCAACCAGACAGUGGGAAGGGCUGAGAAAACUGAGGUGCUUAGUGAUGAUCUAUUACAGAUCGAGAAGAGAAUGGAGUUGGUACGCCUGGUGUCUCACAAUGCUCACAAGAAGCUGGUGUCCUGUCUACAAGGACAGCUGGGCACGGACACAGAGAAGAGACAUAAAAAGCUACCCUUGACAGCACUAUCUCAAGCCAUGCAAGAAGGAGGCAGUCAGCUGGGAGAAGAAAGUAUGAUUGGCAAAAUGAUGGAUGCCUGUGCAGAGGCUGAGGGCAGAUUAGCCACUGAACUAAUGCAGCAUGAGGUUCUUCUGGAGCGGGACGUCCUGGAGCCCCUCAAUCAGCUGGCAGAGGUGGAUAUUCCAAAUAUAUUAAAGCAAAGGAAGCAACUCGCUAAACUGGUUUUAGACUAUGAUUCAGCCAAGACAAGAUGGUACCAAGCAACAAAGUCUAACAACCCAGCCAUGGCAGCUAAAGUUGACUCCCUCAAAGAUGAAAUGGAUGAGGCUCUGAACAAAGUAGAAAUAUGCAAAGACCAGCUCUCUGCAGACAUGUACAACUUUGCUUCCAAGGAGGGAGAAUAUGCACGCUAUUAUGUUUUGCUGUUGCAGGCCCAGGCUGACUUCCACAGACAAUCCCUAGCAGUGCUGGAGACAGCUAUACCAACGAUACAAAUGCAACAAGACUCCUGGAUGGAAAAACCUGCAUUUGGUACAGCUUUGGAGGAGCAUCUGAAGAAGAGUAACCGGGAGAUUGCUCUGCCAUUAGAGGCCUGUGUCAUGAUGCUUCUGGAAACGGGAAUGAAAGAGGAGGGUCUAUUUCGAAUAGCUGCUGGUGCCUCUAAACUGAAGAAACUGAAAGCAGCAUUGGACUGUUCAACUUCACAACUGGAGGAGUUUUACUCAGACCCCCAUGCUGUAGCCGGAGCCCUCAAGUCAUACCUCAGGGAGCUUCCUGAACCUUUAAUGACAUUUGGCUUGUAUGAUGAGUGGAUCCAGGCCUCAAAUGUGUUGGACCCUGACAAGAGACUCCAGGCCUUGUGGGUGACAUGUGACCAUUUACCAAAGACACACAAGACCAAUUUUAAAUACCUAGUAAAAUUUCUGGCUAGACUUGCUCAAGACAGUGAAACAAACAAGAUGACUCCAAGUAACAUUGCAAUAGUCCUGGGGCCCAACCUGCUCUGGCCAAAGACUGAAGGGACAUUAGCAGAGAUGGCAGCUGCUACCUCUGUAGCUGUGGUCGCAAUCAUCGAGCCCAUUAUUCAGCACGCUGACUGGUUCUUCCCUGAAGAGGUGGAAUUCAAUGUAUCAGGCAUGUUUGCCCUGCCCACUCACCCACCAACCCCAGACCCUGAGCCCAACCUGGAGAGGAAGCGUCCUGGCAGCCAAGGGCAGGAGGGGGACGCUCACACCCCCCGUAAAGACAGCAUCGGUAACAAACACCCAGAGCCUGCUCCUCGUAGAUCCGGCACUGUACAUAAAAAGCACCCACAGCUAACCUCACCUACCUUUCAACCCCCACUGCCCCCUCUGGAGGCGUAUGGUACUGCACAGGCCGAGCCCCAGGCUGUGAGUCCACCUGCAGAGUCUGAGCUGAGGGUGGGUGCUGCUGCUAACGCUGCUGUUUCUGUUGGUGGUGGGGCCCCUGCUGUGGCAGAGCAGCCUCAGGUUAAAACCCAGGUCAGCUCAGAGGAGAACAGCCCUGCCCGAGAGCUCAUUUCUACUCCACCUUCGCAGAGAAAUGGGUCAAUCCAUCUGACGAUAGGUACACCUCAAUCUCAAAGUGGGACGCGGGGUCACAGCCCACACAUGGUGCGAAGAGGUACCAAGAAGCAGGCUCCAGCACCUCCCAAACAAGCAAGCCCCUUUGCUUCUCAGUCCAAUAACCAGAUGCCUGGCUCCCCACAUCAGCCCGCAAUCAACCCCAGACGCCACUCCAGUAAAGAGGCUCUGAUCACUGCUCCCAGUCACCCGCCUCCACAGCCCCCUCUGUCCCACCAAGCCCCAGCCGAGUCAGAGCCCUCACCCCCAAGGACACCCACCCCUCCGAACACCCCCCCUCAUGAUGGACCACCCAUUGUGCACCAGUAUGGAUCCCUGUCUCGUCCCGCCAGACCUGCCCCAAAGCCACGCCCACGGCCCAACAUGCCCCCGCCACCGCAGCCCGGGAUAAACGAUACUAAUGAGAUUUUUAACUCGGCCUCCAAAAUCAUCACAGACAAAGGACCAAUUCUAAAAGGGAUUGCCAUCAUCCCAGAGGAGAUUGUGGACCAACCAGAGGAGUGCUCUGCUGCUGGUCAGGAGCCUGACUCCGCCCCUCUCUCAGACCUGUUAAUCACAGAAAGUACCGUUCUGUGAAUAGGAGAGUCCUGCUUUAUCUCUUACCAUUGAAAUGUUUCUAUUUAAAUCAGGAUACCUGCAGCCGUUCAAAUAUUGCUGUAUUUUCUCUGUUCUUAUGCCUUAUAAAUCCAGUGAACCUUUAUUAUCCUGUACAAACUCUUAUUGCUUAAAGUGUCAGAUAAUACUGUUGUUUUAAGAUCAUAAAUUAAUGAAAUGGGAUGUGAUGAAAAGUUUUGAUUUGUAACUUUUUGGCUCCUAAAAAGUUAUAAGAGGCAAAUUUUAUAAUGACCAAAGAAGUCAGCCACUAAAAGUAAAUAUGAGUUUAAGUUCAAUGUUUAACCAAAAUGUCUUGGAAAAGUGCAAUUCACAAUACAGUCAUCUUUAAGUGAUAGACUUCUACUUUGCCAAUAUUUAUUACUAGCAUUGCAAUAUUUUUAAAAGGCAUAAAAACAAAAAUGGGGUUGUAUUUGAUUUAAGUGAGCAUAUUUUUAUGUAGUUCCUUAAUUCUAUGCAUUUGCUUCCCUUUAAGUUGAAUGCAAUGAUGAACCAAAGCCAAAAUAUUUUUGUACAAAAUAAGUACCAAUCCUGUCGGGGUAUUUUUUGUAUUUUUGAUUGUGUUUACUUUGUGCACAAUUCUUGUUUUCCUGCAUACAGUAUGUCCAUCCGAAAAUGCAUAUACAUUGAUUAAAGUCAAAGUAUUUUUAA